AUGGAUGUCUUGGUUUGGGUCACGACGAGUCCAUACAAUCACCACAAUGGAUCAAACUUUGUGUUGGCUAUGAAUGGUGAGAACCAUAUCUAUAGUUGGGGUGACAAUAGUGACGGACAGUUGGGUAGAGAUGUGACACUAUUUGGGGUUUAUUUAAAAGCCGAGAGAAUAUCGUAUUUCGACGACAAAGAUGUCCAACAAAUCAGUUGUGGUUCCCAUCACUCAUUGGCCCUCACAUCCAAUGGGCAGUUAUCGGUCAUAGGAUCGGGUGGUUUUGGGACAGUAUUUCGUGUGAAACACAAAUUUGAUGGACAGGUGUUUGCCGUCAAAAGAAUUGAAUUUAAUGAUUUUGAUGAAAAAGAAACUAAAAAUGUGUUGAAAGAAGUGAAAAACUUGAAAAAAGUUAAGUCUGAAUAUGUGGUCAAAUAUUAUGGCUCAUGGCGUGAACCGAAGUCUCUUUACAUUCAGAUGGAGUUCUGUUCCCAUAGUCUGAAGAAUAUUCUUGAAGUCAGACAUAAAAUAUUUGAAAGACAAUCAGGAGAUCCAAUGAAUUUAUACGAAGACCUCAAACCCGACAAUAUAUUGAUUGCACAAAAUGUAAGGAACGGCAGGUUUUUGAAGUUAUGUGACUUCGGUUUGGCUACAGUUCACGACAAACGCAUUCACUACAGGACUACGCAAAAACAUACGGCAGAUAUCGGGGACUUGAGAUAUCAGGCUCCGGAAAUUGGUCAGGGUAAGAAAUACGGUCAUAAAUCAGAUAUCUAUAGCCUAACACUAAUCGGUGGUGAGUUAUUUGAAGUGGAUGUUGCACUUAUUGAUCCACAAAGGUAG